UGACUACCCCACUUAUGGCGCUUACUAACCCCUAUUUUCUGCGUCUUGCUACUUGUACCGUCUUGCGCAUCUGCAGUGAAACAGGCACCGGACAGCUGUAGAGGGUUCAGUGUGGGGACGUUUGAAUUUAUUUUGCACCGCUUGUACUGUAAUUUUUUAAUAACAAAACAACGUAACAUUUUGUCUUUAUUUAAUUACACGUAAUUCUACUCAACGUUUGCUUCUGAAGACAGCAGAACGCUGUCCAAAAUAUAUCCGAGCCCGGGCACAGCCCGAAGUGUCUGGGGCCUAGAGACCACAGGGCAGUUUUGCAACAUGGUGGCUGAGCAUGCAUCAGCUACUGUUACAGAAGAGGACAGCAAUAUCCUGUGUUGUUCUGAUAGCACAGAAUUUCACAUGGGGCAUUCCUGCAAAUCAAUAUUUGAUGUCGUUAGAACAGGUGAAGUUUGUGAUAUAGAAGCUUUAGUUGAGAAAUUGGGACCAGAAGCUUUGAGCUCCCGAGAUGAGUGGGGCUACACCCCUGCACAUUGGGCUGCAUUGGAUGGAAAUGUUGAGGUCAUGCGUUACUUGGUGGAGCGAUCUGCUCCUGUAGACAUGUCCUGCCUUGGCACACAGGGUCCUCGUCCUAUUCACUGGGCCUGUCGCAAGGGACAUGCAACAGUUGUACAAGUUUUGCUGUCGGCUGGAGUGGCUGUCAAUGCUCCAGAUUUUAAAGGCCUGACACCUUUGAUGACUGCAUGCAUGUUUGGCCGAGUUGCAACUGCUGCUUUCCUUUUGGGGAUGGGCGCUCUGCAUCAUCUCACUGACAUCAAUGGUGAUACAGCACUUCAUUGGGCAGCUUAUAAAGGUCAUGCUGACUUAAUUCGGUUGUUAAUGUACUCUGGAGUUGAUAUACAGAAACCUGAUAACUUUGGUUCAACACCCUUACAUCUAGCUUGCCUCUCAGGGAAUGUUAGCUGUGUUAAGAUACUGUGUGAAAAGAGUAAAAUUGAACUGGAGCCAAAGGACAAGAAUGGAAAGACGCCUUUACUGCUCGCGAAGAGCCAUCGCCACAGUGACAUAGUGAAAGUUUUGGUUGCAGAAGAAAAAAGAAGGGCUCGCUGGAUGCCACCUCUGUCCGAGAUGUGGGCCCUUUUAUUUGGAGGAGCUGGUGACUCAAAGGGCCCUCUUCUUCUCUUCAUGGGUUCUGUCCUUUUAUGGGGUUACCCCAUGUAUCUGCUCAGGUGCGUCCCGAUAACAUGGAACGUCCUUCGAGUCUCACACUACUGCUUCAUCUAUUGGAAUCUGCUGAUGUGGUUCAGCUGGGUUGUGGCAAAUCGUAGGGAUCCAGGUUAUUUGUCUCUUAACUCAGAUGGUUACUAUCGAGCCAUCAAACAGAUCCCGUACUUUGACAAAUGGAAGAAACGUAACAUAGUACUUUCCCGUUUAUGCCACACUUGUCACUGCCUCCGUCCUUUGAGGGCCAAACACUGCCGAAUUUGUAACAGAUGUGUUGAAUACUUUGACCACCAUUGUCCCUUCAUUUAUAACUGUGUUGGACUUAGGAACAGGAUCUGGUUCUUCCUGUUUGUGAUGAGCGUUGCCAUCAAUUGCUCCUUCACCAUUUAUUUUGCAUGCUACUGUGUUGCUGUUGAAGGUUUUGAGAUUCUGUAUGUACUGGGUCUGAUUGAGGCUUUGGUUUUCUGUGGCCUGGGGUGGAUUCUUGCAUGCACCUCAAUACUUCAUGCCUGCAUGAACCUGACAACUAAUGAAAUGUUCAACUAUAAACGCUAUUCUUACCUGAGGGACAAACAUGGCCGCUAUCAGAAUCCAUUCUCUCGAGGACUCAUUUUGAAUUUACUCGAGUUUUUUGUUUGCCGUCCUGAUCAUAAUAAUGACCUUGACUUCCUGGAUGAAGGACCUUUGUGAAGAAAGACAUUUGAAACUGCUUUCACUGAGCACAUGGAGAGAGGAGUUGAAAAUGAAGACGAAAUGGGAAGAAUUUCAUACCAUCCAAAAUAUCAUGGAUGAACAUGUGACGAACCAUUUCAAGGAGAUAACUUUGGAGAAAUUUCAAGGAUGCUUUGCCAGGGAGACUAUUUUGAAUGCUUCUCAUAAUGACUUCUUUUUCUGAAAUUUUACCUCUAUAUGUAUAUGUAUGUGUGUGUGUAUAAUUCUUGUCUCAUUACUUUCCAAGUUUACUGUGAAUACCCUUCAUGAAAUUUUCGAGGGUGGAUAUUCCAUGGAAUUUUUAUGUGCAGUUUGAACUGACCAGAAUGUGAAUGUGAUCAUGAAUGAUUCUUUUUGACAAAUAUAGGAUAUUAAAUUUAGAUGGUUUGCACUUACAAGUAUAUAAUAUAGAUUCUAUGCCAUUAUAUACAUUCAUAUGAUGUUCCUUAUUGGUUCUAUUUAUAUACUGUUUUAUUUCAUCUGUUCAAAAUCCUACACAGAAUGAAUUGUACAGUUUCAAAAUAAAUGCCUUAAUAUUAUCACAAGACUUCAGUAGAGAUGAAUUAAAGUAUAUAUAUUGAGUUACAAGUAAACUACUUUGAUUUCUGUGCAAUCACAUUUCACAGUCAUCAAGUAGAUGGACAUCAAUCAGCCAUCUGUGUAUGCUGAUAAAUUAACAAAACAAUGUUUCAUUGAUGUAAUAUACUUCUCUAACAGUGAGGUCAGAUAUGUCCAUCUUCAUGUAGACGGAAAAUAUGUGCCCGUUGUGUGUCAUGUUAGACAAAGUCAGUUAUUAUACUGGGUCGGCUUUAUCUUAUGCCUCCCAGCGUUAGUACAUUUUCCAUCUUCCAGAAGACAGAACAGUUUUAAUUAAUGAGUCCACAGAGUUGGUACACUUUCCAUUUUCCAGAGGAUGGAACAGCAUUAUCCAGCGGAUUACCAGAGUAGGUACUCUUCUCUUCUACCAUAAAGUGGCUGAGUUUGUCUAGUGGGAGAAGAGUUGGUAUUAUUUCCUUCUCCCUUAAGAUAGGCCAGCUUCAUCCACUGAACUCACAGAAUUGAUGCCAUUCCCUUGUACCUGAAAAUGGAAUGGGAUAAAGCGGCUGGGGCGUGAAGCAGACCACUCACCUCCAACUAGUGCCAAGGUCAAGAAAACGUGGGUCUGUA